AUGCAACUCCCAACCCCAUCAACACGCCACGUCUCGUUCGACAACGUAUACGAGCCGGCCGAAGACUCAUAUCUCUUCCUGGACACGCUGUCAACCCCCACGGAAACCGAAUGGCUGCACGCACGCUUUUCGGCGCCGUCCAUCAUUCACCAAAAUCAAGAUGACGACAAUGACACCAGCAAGAGAAACCCCGCGGCCGCCACACCACUCGUCGUGGAACUCGGCCCGGGCUCCGGCGUGAUCGUAGCGUUCCUGACGGCGCACGCGCGCCGGAUCUUCGGGCACGAGGGGAUCCUCAGCGCCUCGGUCGACGUCAAUUGGCACGCGUGUGUCGCGACGCGCACGACGGUGCAGACGGCUCUGGCGGAGACCAAGGACGCCACGACAACGAUCGCGGGUAGUAGCCCUAGCCUGCCCAACUCGAGCGUCUACUUGGCUUCGCUCAAUGGAGAUCUGAGCGGCAUGCUGCGCCCGGGGUCAGCGGACGUGGUCGUCUUCAACCCGCCGUACGUGCCGACCGAGAGCGUGCCGGCGCAGCAAUAUCACGGUCAUGGCCAAGAAGGGCAAUUGCCGCAAGUGAUGACGACGCCGACGUUCGAGGAGUCGUCACAUCUCCUCGCGCAGUCCUACGCGGGCGGGCGUGACGGCAUGGAAGUGACGAGUCGGAUGCUCGCGCAGCUGCCGGGGAUGUUGAGUGCCCGGGGUGUGGCGUAUGUGCUGUUCUGCCGGGGGAAUCGGCCGGAUGAGGUCAAGGCGUCGAUUCGGGGUUUGGGUGAUGCUGCGAGCGGAGGGGAGAGGGAGGGAGAGGGGGAGGGAGAAAGGAGGAAAUGGCAUGCCGAGACGGUGGGUGAGAGUGGGAAGACGGCUGGAUGGGAGAAGUUGGAGAUUGUGAGGAUUUGGAGGGAGUAA